UUUCAUGUGCGAAGAGGUUGAGGAAUUAGGUUAUGUCAAUGCAACGACUGGAGGAAUGAAUAAUAUCUGUGCAACUCUGAUUGAUCUCCCCAUGUUUUGACUUCGCACAGGUCUUGACAGCUGAUCAAAGAGCCAGGAGAUUUUAGCAGUCUUUGCACCAUUCUCUCCGAUAUUCGUGGAGAAGAUCGUGUGUGUAGAACUGGAGAAAUUACAGAAUGAAGAUUGAUAUUCAUACCCAUAUAUUACCAGAGACCUGGCCAGAUUUGACCAAGAAGUACGGGUACGGGGGUUGGAUCCAUCUGAAACAUGGCUGUAAUGGACCAGGCAAGGCCUCCAUGAUGAAAGGCGAGAAACUGUUCAGGGUGAUUGAAGAGAACUGCUGGUCCCCUCAGGCUAGGAUUCGAGAGAUGGACGAAACAGGUGUGACUGUCCAGGCCUUAUCAACAGUACCUGUGAUGUUCAGUUACUGGGCUAAGGCAGAUGACACCCUGGAUGUGUGUAGGAUCCUGAACGAUGACUUGGCUAAGACAGUUCUCUCCCACCCUGACAGGUUUGUCGGGCUGGGCACCCUGCCUAUGCAGGCCCCGGAGCUGGCGGUACAGGAACUCAAGCGAUGUCGCUACGAUCUUAAUUUUAAAGGAGUACAGAUUGGGUCUCACAUCAACAACUGGAAUUUGGAUGCUCCCGAGUUACAACCUGUAUUUGCGGCAGCACAGGAGCAUGACGUGUCGCUCUUUGUUCACCCCUGGGAUAUGGAGCUUGGGGGCAGGAUGAGCAAGUACUGGCUGCCCUGGCUCGUAGGCAUGCCAGCAGAGACCGCAGUGGCCAUCUGCUCUUUACUGAUGGGUGGGGUGCUAGACAGAUACCCCAAACUUAAGGUCUGCUUUGCUCAUGGUGGUGGGUCUUUCCCUUACACCGUGGGCAGAAUAGAGCAUGGGUACAAUGUGCGGCCAGACCUGUGUGCCACAGAUUGCAGCUCCAACCCCCGCCAGUUCCUGGGCAAGAUCUUUACAGACUCUCUGGUCCAUGACCCCCACGCCCUAAAGCUUCUUGUAGAUGUCAUAGGCGAGGAUAAGGUGAUCCUGGGUAGUGAUUACCCGUUUCCUCUGGGGGAACACCUGCCAGGUAAACUGGUGGAAGAUAUGGUGGGCUUUGAUGCAAAACUUAAGGACAAAAUCCUAGUUUCCAAUGCCUGCGCGUUUCUGGGACUGGACAGAGAGCAGUUCGAGGAGCCGUCAGUGACAAACAAGAGACAUAAGGUUGACCACUGAAUGUUGCAGAGGAAAGAAGGCUUUUUAGAAUGCAUAUUAAGUGUACAAUAUGAUUGUUUGUGUACAUGUACUUGUACUUACAUGUACACGUGAUUGGCACUUGUACUUACAUGUACACGUGAUUGGCACUUGUACUUACAUGUACACAUGAUUGGCACUUGUACUUACAUGUACACGUGAUUGGCAUGGCUGUAUAGAAAAUCAUCACUCUUCUUGAAUAGUCAAUACAAAUUUGUUCCGUCAAGUUUACGUGAAACUGUAUGCAAGCUAGGGUUGUUAUCACUAAUAUUGCUCGCCCUGUCAGUUACUUGUCAGUGUUUAUGCCCUUGUUAUUGAGGUAGGUUGUACUAUUGUAAGGAAGGUCGAAUACAAAACUGGAUUAUAGCCCUGAUAACACAACGGUGACACUGAGAUUGCCCUGAUGUAAGGUUUGUCAAAAUGUGGUUCGGACCAUCUU